AUGAAACCCGCUAUAGGGCCCGUGCUUGCUCAAUUUCUCCACAGCAUCGAGUCCGGAGAUUUGGGUUGCUUGGACAUAAAUUUGAACCAGAAUGGACGGCUCAUCGCCGAGCUACAAGCCGAACUACAGAAUGGAAUCAAUGACAAAGAUAUAGAGGCUAUCAUCGAGAACAAAAAGUUCGAAGGAGGUAAAUGGACCAGGUUUAAUAUGCUGAUAGCGAAUUUCAUACGUUUUUGCAGAGAUGUCAAUCCCUGGUCGCUCUGGGAAAGUUCGGAUCUAAUCUUCAAUUACUACCAGGACUUAACAAAUUGUAUACUGAACGAUAAUUUCCCAGUGGAUCCAUUAGUUACCAAUUUUCAGCAUACCACGGAAUAUGUUAUACCGCUGGCACGGGAGUUGGAUUCUAGCUACCGCGAGCUGGGCACGCGAAAACAUCAGUUUCUAACACACAUUUCGUCUGUCGUCACUAAACUGUUCAAUAGCAUCAAGCCGCGAUACGAAAAGCCUGCAGCGCCUUUUGAGGAUUUGCCUAGGAAACAGCAGAUUCUUCUUUACACUGCAAACAAGCUGAACAACAUCUACAUGCAGAUUGAUUCUCCUGCCUCGUGUGCUAAUAUUUUUAAAAACGUCAAACCCAAAUCCGCAAUCGAAAGCUUCUCACAAUAUCCCGUGCGCGAACAGAUAGAGUACCGCUAUCUACUGGGCCGGUACUACAUGCUGAACCAUCGCGUUUCCAAUGCGUUCCACCAACUCAACAGUGCCUUUAAUCUGCUGGUGAAGUUUACUGCACACACAGCUGCCUUAGAUCCCUCAGUCCAAAGAAAUAAGCAAAGGAUCUUGAGGUUUUUGUUGCCGGUGGGAAUUUUGUUUGGUAAAACGCCGGCUAAUUUGGAAAACCAGCUACAUGGUGGUGAGAACGACGCCAUUCAAAAUUAUCUGGAAUUAUCGCACAUUGUGAAAACCGGUUGUUUGCAUCGUUUUCAUGUGUGGAUGGCCAAAAACGAAGAUAAAUUGCGCAGACAGCGGCUCCUUCUCCUAAUACUCGAAAAAUGCCCUCUUCUGAUAUAUCGCAGUCUAAUUCGCCGUGCCAUCGCCGACUUCUGUUUCCCAAAUGACAGUAACAAGAUAUCUUAUUCAUUUCUAGAAAUCGCUCUUAAGUUUUCGUUGGGCCUAGAACAAGGCUUGAAGCCAAUCUACACCAUGGUCCACGUACCAGCGAACAUUUCGAACGCACUCGAGUCUCUCGUCAACAUUGGCCUCAUGAAAGCCAAUUGUUUUCCUGUCAGCCAACAGUGUGUAUUUCCCAAGACCAACAAAAUCGAUUCUGUUUUUCCGUCCGUGAACGAAAAGCUGGUGGCCUUUUUCCCACUAAACAGUGACGAUGUCUGGCUUGAUGAUUGA